AUGCAAGCACUGACUUUUCACUCUCCGUAUAAUAUUAUUUAUACGUCUACUUCGCGUCCGACUCUUUGUUCGCCUACCGAUGCAAUAGUACGAAUUCGUUUCGCGGGUCUGUGCGGAUCAGAUCUUCACAUUUAUCGGGGUACUGAACCCGGUCCCGAUAGAGGUACUGUUAUGGGACAUGAGUUUGUGGGCGUUGUGGCCGAGGUUGGGAGCAAAGUCGUCGGGAUACAGGUUGGGGACAGGGUUGGAGGCGCAUUUACUACCUGUUGUGGAAAGUGUUACUACUGCACGCACUCCCUCUCCUCGCGCUGCAUCAACGGUCUUCUUCUCGGCUAUGUGUCAUCCACUGUCGGUCUUCACGGCACUCAAUGUGAAUACGUCCUAAUUCCUAAUGCAUCAUCGUCAUUAUUCACCUGUCCACCAUCGGUAUCCGACAUAGAAACUUUAUUACUCGGAGAUGUCUUGACCACAGGGUAUCAUUGUGCCUUGAAUGGUAUUGAGAACGUGCACGGGCUUCGAAAGGCACCGAUGGAUGAAGAGGCAGCACCGGCAAAGCAGAAUAGAAAGGCUGAUCUAGUCGUAUUAAUAUUGGGAUGCGGCCCGGUGGGAUUGAUGGCCGUUGUUAGCGCGUUGUAUCUGGGUAUCGGUAAAGUGAUUGCAGCAGAUGCGGUGGAAGAAAGGGUACAGAUGGCUAGAACGUAUGGAGCAGAAGGGGUGAGACCGGAUGCGGUGCGUGAGGCUGUGAGCAACUGUACGGAUGGGCGAGGAGCGGAUGUUAUCCUCGAGGCCGUGGGAAGUAAUUCGGCAUUGACAUUAGCGCUUGAAUUAGUUAGACCAGGAGGAGUAAUAUCAAGUGUCGGUGUCAAUAACAGUGAUACGUUUCCUUUCAGUCCAACGAGUGCAUAUAACAAGAACGUAACGUUCAAGACAGGUCGAUGUCCAGUAAUGAGUCUUCUUCCUCAGGUCAUGCCUUUAGUCCUGAGCAAGAAAUAUGAUCUGGAGAAAAUAGUAACCCACCGGAUGAAAUUAUCGGAUGGAAAUAAAGCUUAUGAGAUAUUCGAUAAGAAAACGGACGCGUGCAUUAAAGUCGUAUUUGAAGUUGGAGUGGAAGAAUAA